AUGUCCGACAUAUCAACAACUCGUCGUUCAAGAUUUUUAAAAGCCGUCGAAUUUAUUAAACGCCAAGGGCCGCUGCACCCACUCUUUAAAUUUUUCAACGUUUCGAUUGGCGGGGAGUUCUUCAAGUGUCAGGGCGAGGACUAUCCAGCGGAUUAUCCUUUAGACAAAUGGAAAUUGGACCAAAACUUUACUGAAGACUUUUGCAAGGCACCUUGUGCAAUUUUUGAUGAGAAAUUCAUCAAUUACGGAGUUAUUGGGAGUGGUACGUGGGGAACUGUGUUUGCGGGACGCACUCGCGAGGCAAACGAUGAGGGCAAAGCUUUGCAGGUUGCUGUCAAAAUUUACCAUCUCGAGGAAGACGUGCAUUAUGAUAGACGGAGGCAGCAAUAUACGAGUGAGGAGAUUGUCAAGCUGUAUUUACUGUCCAAAGUAGGCGGCUGCGAACGUAUUCCAGACUACUAUGACAGCAUGAUCCAUGGUGCUGUCGCCGUCCUUGUCAUGGAGCCGUUCGGCCUCGAUUCAAAACCGGAGCAGGAAACUGCGGAAAAGAUCACUUCUCUGAGGGGGGCGCCGAGGUUUGACAGUUUUACCGGAGUCAGUCUGACCCGUGAGAAGAAGCCGCUUUUGUCUGAGGUACAGGUAUGCAAGAUUAUGUCGCAACUCCUUGAAGCGCUACUUUAUCUCAAUGACAGACGCAUCGCACAUGAAGAUCUCAGCGUGAGAAACUUCUUGGUCAACGAGCAGCUGGAUGCAAAAUUGAUUGAUUUCGGGUAUGCCGAUGUAAAAUUGUAUGACGUCGAGUACGCCGGGGUGCUUCCUCCCAACAACCCUUGGAUCGAAGACAUGAUAAGUCCCGAAAUUGUUAUAGGUAUCGUCAAGCACCAAUACAAUGCAGAAUCUCCAUCAAAACGAAUGCGGACCCGGGACACGGUAUACCCCCCUAUCGCAACCGACCAUCGUACCGUUUUGCUCUGGCGAUUCGCAUGUAUUGCGUAUACACUCUUGCACGGAUACGCUCCAUGGGAUGUGGAAGACCCGUCUCUUGAGUCUUUCCCGGUUCACAGUGGGUGGAGUCGUCAGGAGUAUAGCGACCAUCUGCCCAUUAUUGAUGCACGCCGAACACGCAUCAUCAAUGAAGAGUUGCCAAUCCAUGAGCGCCUCUCUCCGGAGUGCGCCGAGGUUCUCAAUGCUAUGCUGCAUCAAGAUCCAGAGCAGCGGCCGAUGCUAGAAGAACUGGCUACGUUUCCAUGGUUUCAAGGUUGGUAUCAUGACAGUGGCGCUGAGUUUGUUCGCCCGCAUGAUCGAGCUCCGUCUGAAGGAAAGACUCCUCCAGGAGCGCAUACAAAUUCGGGAAGUCAUGGAGAUGUUUCUACGGGGAAGCGUUCAAGAUCUGAACUGGAAGAGGAAGAAGAGGAAGACGAGGAAGAAGAGAGACAAAGUUCUUCUUCCAAACGUCCGCGUGUUUCCUAG